AGGCUUAUUUGAUUCCUCUAGCCUCGUCCGAGCACCACAUCUCUGCCCUCACUUGAUUCCUGUUCAAAAUACUGCUACAUGUCUUGGACACCUGACGAAACACCUGCCGAGCUAUGGCUCGAUAGGAUAAGCCUGAUUGGAGCUGAACUGGCCGAUGUUGCAUACGGUGUCCAUGUAACCUUAUUCUUCCUCUGUUUCAACGCAUGGUGGAGCGCUCGUCGCCAUUCGCCAAGAGGUGCUUACAGCACAAUCGCCUUCAUAUCUUGUAUCUUUGUCCUAGGCUCUGUGGGGAUCGCAGCAUCGAUGCGGAUCCAGCAGCUAGCAUACAUCGACGACAGCAACUUCCCUGGUGGACCAGGCGCCUUUGAGUCAGUCUCUGGUUACAUGAAGAUCAACGUCUUUGGUUUUUCAGCCUACACUGUAAAUGCAUGGUUUGCAGAUGGGUUGUUGCUGUAUCGCUUCUACAUCUUGUGGUCUACCUCUCGACAUCGCUGGGCUGUCAUCCCUCCGUUUCUCGCAUAUCUGUUGUCCAUAAUCUCAUCGUCUAUUCUUCUGGCCCAAAUGGCUGUGCCCGGUGGCGCUCUGUGGCUAAGCACGAACGCGAACAUGGCUCUCACGUUCUGGUCCGCAUCGAUCUCUGUCACGUGUUAUUGCACGCUGGGUAUCAUCAUCAAGCUGCUUUACAUGCGGUACCAAGUCCGCAAGGCCUUCGGUGGCGGCGAGCAGUUGCCCUACUUUUCUGUUGCGGCCAUGCUCAUCGAGUCUGCACUGCUAUACGUGGCGUUCGCGCUCGCAUUCCUCGUCACGUAUGCGCUGAGCAAUAGGAUAAGUUUCAUGCUUAUAUCAAUCUUGGGCCAGGCGCAGGUGAGCUUGACAGACACUUUGGUGCUUUCACCGCGAUAA